AUGCCACACACCCCCACCCCUCCAAUCCCCAACCCCCCACCAACGUUCCUCAACCUCCCCCGCGAACUCCGCGACAAAAUCUUCACCUACGCCCUCUCCAUUCCCACCCCCAUCGACAUCGGUUCCAUCCUCCCCUCUCCAGGCUACUGGCACGACCCCGUCUCCCACCCCCCAAAACCACCAACCCCCUCCCUCCUCCUCGCAAACCGACAAAUACACGCCGAAGCCGCCUCCAUCCUCUACGGCUCCAACACCUUCAACUUCCCACAUCCAGGCCAGCUCCCUGCGUUCGAACGGCAAAUCGGGGCGGAGAACUGUAAGCGGGUGAAGAGUGUGGAGCUGUGGGUUAGAUAUCCGGGUCCGGAUGAAGUGGUGUUUGAUGCGGGGGAAUUGGGGCUGGGGGAAUAUGAUAGUGUGCCUGAGCAUUGGAUUGCUGUGCUGGGGGAAAGUGGGAUGACGGGGGUAAGAAGGUUAGCUGUUGAGGCGGUGAUGAUUGGGUGUGAGCCUGAUAGGGUGCUUUCUGUGCUGCCUAUGCCGGAUGAUCUGAGGGAUUGCUUAGUUGAGUUCCUGGGGAGAGGGGGUGAUGAGGGAGGAGGUGGGGCACCGCGGCUGAGGCUGAAGGGAAUAAGCGAGGAGGAGAGGGGGAAGUUUCCGGGGGAGUGGGAUGUUGUUAUGAGUCAGUGA